GCUGGUGGUAGGAGCCCCAUAUGAGAUCAAUGGGCCCCAGAAAACAGGAGAUGUCUACAAGUGUUCAGUGAAUGGCAAGGCCAACAGUACAUGUUCCAAGCUCAAUCUAGGAAGAGUAACUCUGUCCAAUGUGUCAGAACGAAAGGAUAACAUGCGCCUGGGUCUCAGCUUAACUACCAACCCCAAAGACAACAGCUUUUUGGCUUGCAGCCCUCUCUGGUCUCAUGAGUGCGGAAGUUCCUAUUACACCACAGGCAUGUGCUCCAGAGUGAACUCCAACUUCAGAUACUCCAAGUCAGUGGCUCCAGCUCUCCAGAAAUGCCAGACAUACAUGGAUAUAAUUAUUGUACUGGAUGGAUCCAACAGCAUCUACCCCUGGGCAGAAGUUCAAGAUUUCCUGAUAAAAAUCUUGAAAAAAUUUUACAUUGGACCCGGCCAAAUACAGGUUGGAGUUGUCCAAUAUGGAGAGGAUGCUGUCCAUGAAUUUCACCUGAAUGAUUAUAGGUCUGUAAAGGAUGUGGUGGAAGCUGCUAAACACAUCGAGCAGAGAGGGGGUACUGAAACUCGAACAGCCUUUGGGAUAGAGUUUGCUCGCUCAGAAGCAUUUCAGAAAGGAGGACGUAAGGGUGCAAAGAAGGUUAUGAUUGUUAUCACUGAUGGAGAGUCUCAUGACAGCCCAGAUCUUGAGAAGGCGAUUGAAGGCAGUGAGAAAGACAAUGUCACCAGAUAUGCAGUUGCAGUCCUUGGUUAUUACAACAGAAGAGGGAUCAACCCUGAAGCCUUUUUGAAAGAAAUCAAAUAUAUAGCGAGUGACCCAGAUGAAAAACAUUUCUUUAAUGUCAGCGAUGAGGCUGCCCUUAAAGAUAUUGUGGAUGCUCUUGGAGAGAGGAUUUUCAGCUUAGAAGGCACCAACAAAAAUGAAAUAUCCUUUGGCCUGGAAAUGUCCCAGACAGGAUUUUCAUCCCAUAUUGUGGAAGAUGGGAUCCUGCUUGGAGCUGUUGGUGCCUAUGACUGGAAUGGUGCGGUCCUCAAGGAGACCAGCAGUGGCAAAGUUGUUCCUCACCGAGAAUCCUAUCUCCAAGAGUUCCCAGAUGAACUGAAAAAUCAUGGGGCUUACCUUGGCUACACCGUCACCUCCAUGGUGUCCACAAGACUCAACAGGAUUUAUGUAGCGGGAGCCCCUCGGUUCAACCAUACCGGGAAAGUGAUUGUUUUCACCAUGCACACGAAUCGAAGCCUCACCAUCCACCAGUCACUGACUGGAGAACAGAUUGGUGCCUACUUUGGAAGUGAAAUCAGUUCAGCAGAUGUUAAUGGGGAUGGAGUCACUGACAUUCUGUUGGUUGGAGCCCCCAUGUUCUUCAGCGAAGGACGAGAGAGGGGAAAAGUGUAUAUCUACAGCCUAAAAGAGAACCAGUUUGUUCCCAACGGGACUCUGAAGGACUUGCCCAGCUACCAGAACUCCAGGUUUGGGUCCUGCAUUGCCUCUGUCCAUGACUUGAACCAGGAUUCUUACAAAGAUGUAGUUGUGGGAGCCCCUCUGGAGGAUGAGCAUCAGGGAGCACUGUACAUCUUCCAUGGUUACAGGGAAAAUCUGAUCCGGAGAUAUAAGCAGAGAAUUGCAGCUGCUGACCUUUCUCCUGGCUUCAUGUAUUUUGGGAGCAGCAUCCAUGGGUACCUGGAUAUGAAUGAAGACAAGCUGGUGGAUCUUGCUGUGGGCUCCCGUGGAAGUGCUGUCCUAUUAUGGUCCCGCAGCGUGGUCCAAAUCAACACCACCCUCCGGUUUGAGCCCUCCAAAAUUAACAUCUUCACCAAGGACUGCAUUCGGAAUGGAAAAGAGGCCACUUGUCUGUCGGCAUUUGUUUGCUUCACUGCCGUUUUUCUCUCAGCUCAUUUUCAGACAGCACACGUAGCACUGAAUUACAACCUCACCAUUGAUGAACGACGAUAUAUCCCACGAGCCCACCUGGAUGAAAAUGGAGACCGACUUGCCCACAAGGCAGCCACCCUGCUUGCUGGGCAGGAACACUGUGACAGGAUGGACUUUCAUGUCUUGGAUACAGCUGAUUAUGUGAAGCCAGUGACUUUCUCUGUUGAUUAUGCUCUAAAUAGUCCUGAGACUGGACCAGUGAUAGAUGACGGGUGGCCAACUUCAGUGAAAGUUGCUGUACCAUUCUGGAAUGGAUGCAACGAGGAUGAGCACUGCAUCCCUGAUUUGGUUCUUGAUGCUAAAACAGAUGUCCCAACUGCAAUGGAAUAUUGCAGACGCAUCCUGAGAAAGUCUCCCUCAGAUUGCUCCGCCUACACGCUGUCUUUUGAUACCUCCAUUUUUGUCAUAGAGAGUGCCAGGAGGAGGGUAGCAGUAGAAGCCCUGUUGGAGAACAGAGGAGAAAAUGCAUAUAACACCAUUCUAAACAUUUCCUUCUCAAGAAACCUGCAGUUUGCCAGCUUGAUUCAGAAGGAUGACCUGGACGUUAACAUAGAAUGUAUGUCUGAGGAGAAACAUUCAAACAGCAAAAUUUGCAAUGUCAGCUACCCCUUUUUCCGGGCCAAAGCAAAGGUUGUUUUUCGCCUGGAUUUCGAGUUCAGCAAGUCUAUUUUUCUCCAAAACUUGGAGAUAUUUUUGAAUGCCAGCAGUGACAGUGAAGAACAAGAAAGUACAAAAGAGGACAAUUCUGCUCUCCUCAAGUUGCAGCUGAAAUAUGAAACUGAUCUCCUUUUCACCAGGAGUUCCAGCCAAAACUAUUAUGAGAUUGAAUCCAACAGUUCUCUGCAGACAUACGAUAGAAUCGGCCCACCUUUUAAUUGCACCUUUAAGCUACAGAAUCUGGGCCUCUUUCCUGUUGAUGGGAUAGUUAUCAAAAUCACAGUCCCAGUGGCCACACGAGGAGGGAAUCGUCUUCUGCAGCUAACAGGCUUCCGUGGACCAGAGGACGGUAUGAUGUGCACCAUUGGAGGCAAUAACACAGACUAUCGACGGACACCCUCAGAUGAGGAUUUAGGCCAACAUCCCCAGCUGAACUACAGUAAUUCUGAUGUGAUCUCAAUCGACUGCAGUGUGAAUCUGGCUGCCAAUGAAGAAGUCACCUUUCUCUUAUAUGGAAAUCUGUGGAUGAGGACCCUGAGAGCGCUGAAAUUCAAGUCUUUGAGAUUCAUCUUCAAUGCUGCCCUGCAGAGAGGGUUUCGUAGUGCCUUUGUCUUCAGAGAAGAGGAUCCUAGUCGCCAGAUUACGUUUGAGAUCUCCAAAGUUGAGGAGUCCCACAUCCCCAUCUGGAUCAUAAUUGGGAGUACAUUAGGUGGCCUCCUGCUGUUGGCACUCCUGGUGCUGGCACUCUGGAAGCUUGGUUUUUUUAAAAGUGCCACCCGCAAGAGAGAUGCAAGCCAAGAUCAGACCAUCAAGGAUUUGGACUAAGGUUUCCAUUCUCCCGAGUAUAUCAGCCUGGUUUUUUCUCACAACCAAGUUUACUUUGGUGUACAGCCAGCCUCUGUCUGCAUUGAUCAGUUCCCCUGUUAGCUGAAAGCAACCCAGCUGCUAAGUGUUGACUGCAAGGGAGAUGCAUCCACCAGCAAGGACUUCAAACUGGUUUCGUUUCCUUCUGCCUAAGACACUGGAACUGUGCAAUAAGGACAGAGAGGGUAAAUCGACAGAGAGCAGCCUUCUCUUUAAAAUGACAUACCUUGGGCUCAAGGCAGACGGAAAAUAUGCCAGAAGACUCUUAGGAAGAACCUCCAGCCCUUUACAAGUCUAUGGCACGUGCAGUUUUUGUUUGGGCCGAUACGCUUUUCAGUCUGCAGCCUCACUGGGGAAAUUUUGCUCCUACAAUAAAAAGAAGUGGAAAGUCUGGAUUCACAAAGAUAUUUGAGCUUGCAUUCCUUCAUCCAAGAUGUCAGGGGCAAACAAAUCAGACAGAAGCAUUCUGCAAUGCAUCCCCUUAAAAACAAAUCAAGUUGCUUUAAUAAAAUAGUGCUUCAUUCCAGAUAACUUGGGGACCUACAAAUCAAAUGGACAAAGGGGUGCUGCAGAAAGUUGAUGCUUUCAAAUGAGAUCUGCACAAUAACUUCUGAUUGCAAGUUGGGAUCACUAAAAUUAAGUGGAGAUUACUUUGCAGAUGGGCACACAGAAACACAAUCUUGCUGUCAGGUAUCUGAAGAAGAGAGAAAAUGGGUAGAAGAGAUCAAUAAUGAUCAUGUUACCAGACUACAUUUGCAAAUGCACCAGUAAAACUAGGCACCCAAUGGUUUUGAAGGCCUAGGCCAACGAUACAAUGCACUGGACGCUGCUUCUGCACGUGGAAUUCCUUUUCAUUCCCAAAGCAAGGAGUACGGAAGUGCUCAUAAAGAGAAGCCGCCCAACAACCCACCAGCUUUUUUCAGUUUUUGCAUGGAGCAGAUGGAGAUCUUGAUUAUCUUCUUUUUAUAUGCACUGAACAAAUACCCACAGUUAUAAGCACCUUAAUGCAAGCCUUCAAUCCUCAGCUGUAUAUACUUAUUCUGAAAAUGUUUAACUUUCUUAUUUUUAAGGUGAUUUUUAAGAAAAACCAGUUUGAAGUAUUUUCCCCAAGUUGUGCAAUUUCCAAAAUCAAUAGAGACAGGAAAAAUGUAUUAUAUGUAUAUACUUUUGUAUGUUGGAAAGGAUUUAAUUGACUAUUUUUUCUUUUGCGUAUAAAAUUAUUUAUGCCAUUGUUAAUAUUAAUAACUGAAAAUGAGAUAUUGGUUCAGCUGAAUUCAGUAACAUACAUAAAAUGUACCAUUAGGGCUUUUUUAAAAAAAAUAAGAAAAAGAAAAUUAAACAUUUUUAAGUGAAUGUUUAGAUAUCCUCAUUUGUCUAAAGCCAGUUUUAAUGCAUUAUAAACAUUACUUUCCCCACUGGGUGAAUAUCACACACCCACCUCUGAUAGUCAGUGGACGAAUCUGAUUACUCAACAAGUUAGUUGUGAGAGGUCACAGCCGAGCAACCUGAUGCCCUCAAAACCCAUCAGGUUUCUUGGCAGCCCUGCUAGAGCUGCCGCCAAGCAUCAUCCUUAAUGUGAAAGAAAGGAGGGGGCUAUUAAAUGAUGGAAAAUAAUCCUAUUAAUUGCAAUGAAUUUCAUUAAUUUACAUUUAAAUUAAAAUCAAAUCAACACUAGUUUUCUGUCCACUUUGGGGCUUGAGCCAUCAAAGGUCAAGUGGACCCUUGACUGACCCUCUCAAAAAUGUACCCCCUCAGUUUGGGACAUUUUAGUGAUGAAGUGAGACUGUAGCUUUCACAGAGAGUGGCGUAGAGGUAGGCAGGAAGUCUCCUUAGAAGCAGAAACAAGAUGGGCUCUAAGAUCAACUGUUGUGUGUGAUUUUAUUUUUGUAAAUUGCUUUGAGAAGGUGGUGGUAGU